UUAGCACUACAAAGGUCAGUUUCCUCUCCCAGCCUGCGUAUGCUGGUCUGAAUGGAUUGCCUUUUCAAGCUGCAGAGACACCAACCGUGCUCUGCGAUGGAAUCGUCGAUUCCAUGGGGCAAAAUUAUGGAGAAGCUCGACGGCCGGGAUAUUAUAACCCUAGCAUUAUGUAACAAGACCUUUCUAUCUAUUGCAAUGGAAGAAUACACCUGGAAGAUACGCUGUUUACAGGAACUGGGUUGCAAUGCACCCUCUAGUAAGCCCCAGUUUGGCUGGUUGGACAUCUACAAAAGCAUUACAGAUGGCAGUCACACUUACAGCUCACGACAAUCCGACAAACACAUCGUGGCAGGGUCGUAGCAACCGAUACACUUCAAAAGGCUGCUGGUUUUCAGCGCGAGGGAAACA